AUGUCUGACGUCACAGCAAACAAAGAAGAAGAAGGAGAAGAAGAAGAAGAAGAAGAUUCAGACUCGAUUGGCUCAGAAAUACAGAAAUUAAUAGACUCUCCAAAUGCAGGAAAAACAAACAAACUGAAAAGUAAACUGAAGGAGUUGGAGAAUGUUACACUUAACAUCGCUGUAACCGGGAUGACAGGGGCAGGAAAGUCUUCCUUUGUCAAUGCCCUGAGAGGACUUGCUAAUGAUGAUGGGAGAGCAGCUCCCACAGGAACAACUGAGACAACUAUGAAACCAAACAUGUACCCACAUCCCUUCAUGCCAAAUGUGAAAAUCUGGGAUCUGCCUGGAAUUGGUAGUCCAAAAUUUAGAGCGAAGAAGUACCUGAAAGAUGUUAAGUUCAACACGUAUGACUUCUUUCUCAUAGUGACCUCUGAAAGGUUUAAGGAGAACGACAUAGAGCUGGCCACAGCAAUCCAGAAGAGUAAGAAGCUAUUUUAUUUCAUUCGCACUAAAAUUGACAACGACGUUCGUGCUGAAUCACACAAAAGAAACUUUGAUGAGCGGAUGUUGCUCAGUAACAUCCGAGAGGAUUGUAAGUCAAACCUGCUGAAAGUCGGAAUAUCCAAAAUAUUCCUAGUAUCUUCAUUUCAAUUGGAAAAAUUUGACUUUGAGAAGCUGAUCAAGACACUCGAGGAUGAACUUCCUGAGAACAAAAGAUUUGCUCUCAUUCAGUCUCUGCCCGUUUAUUCUCUAGAAAACCUGGAAAAGAAGAAAGCGUACUUCAAGAAAAUGAUUUGGCUGAAUGCCUUUGCGUCUGGGCUCGUGGCGAUGCCUCCCCUCCCGGGAUUGUCAGUGGCCUGUGAUUUUGGCAUCAUGAAGAAUUUCCUUAGACAAGUCUUCACCAGCUAUGGCUUAUCAAAUCAAGCCCUAGAGGUGCUAUCAGAACGAGUGAACAAAUCUGUGGAGGAUCUGAAAUCUGCUAAGACGUCACGCUUCAAAGAUGGAGUCACUGAUGAUAUUCUCAUAGAUAUGCUGUCUACACCAGUCAUUGCUAUGGCCAAGACGCUGGGGACCAUAAUGGCUCUGCUGCCAUUAGGAGCUCUACCGGCGGGAGGGGUGGCGAUCACCACUGUGCACCACUUGCUUAACAAGGGACUAAAUGAGAUGACAGAAGACACCAAAAAGGUUCUUGAGGCAUCACAACUUACCUAAUAUACGUGGAACGAAAUGAGCCUCAGAUCAGACUCUGAUCUUAUAUAUAAAUUAACAGAAAUUAUAUAACAGCUCUGAUGUUACAGAAAAUCUGUCUUGUAGUUUUGAAAAUAAAUAGAUACAAGUAAACUCACUAAUUAUACUCACUUCUUUGUAAUUAUUAUUAAAAUAAAAAUUCUUUUGAAAUGUGA